GUCCCGGGAUCCGACCGGCCUGCAGUGCGCAGAGGACGCGGCGGGAGCAUGUACCGGCUCCUGAGGUGGAGCCGGRGUCGAGGCCUCCUGCGGGCCGCGGGGCGGCGGUACCGAGGCUACUCGGCGCGCCUGCUCCCCGGGCUGGCAGGAGGCCCCGGGCCCGAGAUGGAGGUGCCGCCACCCCGAGUUACGCCGCACGGCCGCGGCCCUGGCCUGCUGCCGCUACUGGCAGCGCUCUCCUGGUUCUCGAGGCCUUCUGCGGCAGAUGCGGAGGAACAGCAGGGAGCGGGCGGGGCCGCCGCUGAGGAUGCGGCGGACGAGGCAGAGGCCGAGAUCAUUCAGCUGCUGAAGCGAGCCAAGUUGAGCAUCAUGAAAGAUGAACCAGAAGAGGCUGAGCUAAUAUUGCAUGAUGCUCUUCGCCUUGCCUAUCAGAGCGAUAACCUGAAAGCCAUCACUUACACUUAUGAUUUGAUGGCCAACUUAGCGUUUAUACGGGGUCAACUAGAAAAUGCAGAACAACUUUUUAAAGCAACAAUGAGUUACCUGCUUGGAGGGGGCAUGAAGCAGGAAGACAAUGCAAUAAUUGAAAUCUCCUUAAAACUGGCCAGUAUCUAUGCUGCUCAGAAUAGACAAGAAUUUGCUCUCGCUGGCUAUGAAUUCUGCAUUUCAACUUUAGAGGAAAAAAUUGAACGAGAAAAGGAAUUAUCAGAAGAUGUUAUGUCAGCGGAAGAAAAAGCCAAUACCCACCUCCUUCUGGGCAUGUGCUUAGACUCCUGUGCACGCUACCUUCUGUUCUCCAAGCAGCCAUCACAGGCACAAAGGAUGUAUGAAAAAGCUCUGCAGAUUUCUGAAGAAAUACAAGGAGAAAGACACCCACAGACCAUUGUGCUCAUGAGUGACCUGGCUACUACUCUGGAUGCACAGGGCCACUUUGAUGAGGCCUAUAUUUAUAUGCAAAGGGCAUCAGAUCUAGCAAGACAGAUAAAUCAUCCUGAGCUGCACAUGGUACUCAGUAAUCUAGCUGCAAUUUUGAUACACAGAGAACGAUAUACACAAGCAGAAGAGAUCUACCAGGAAGCACUGAAGCAAGCAGAGAUGAAAAGAGAUGAGGUUUCUGUACAGCACAUCAGGGAAGAAUUGGCUGAGCUGUCAAGAAAAAGUAGAUCUUUGACUUAACAUUAUCAAGCGUUAAACCCAUUUUUUUUGUAGGGAGGGUAGUUUCUAGUGGCCUAAAGGAAUAACUAUUAUUCUAGUGUCUGUGGCACCCAAAUCAAUGGUGUAAAUUUUCUGUUCUUGAUAUUCAGGUUUCCUCAACUUAGCCUUGGUGAAGGACAAGUUGUACAUACUGCCACAUUUGUUUUUAAAGGAAAAACAACUUUCACCCUUCACUAAUUAUGACCUCUAAGGAUUGAUGUCAAAUGAUGCUUUCCAUUGUAUUAUAUGGUUAGGUGCUGUCCAUGCUGGUCUAAGUGUAAUUAUAGAUGAAGAUGGGCCACUUUUCCUCUGGGUUGUGGGUGUGAGGUCUGGUAAUUAUGCCUAACAUCGCUACCGAAAGAUUUUUGGUUCACUGAUUUGCUGCCCUUUCUUCUUUUACUUUGUCAAUAUCUGGCAGACCAGAGCUACUCAUGGCAAAGGGAAAUUAUGGUGAGUUGUUUCUAUUACCUUUCAUGAAGCACAGUGGGAUUUAACAUACAGAGGAGGAAAAGUGUUAUAUUAGUUUGUCUGUACCCAGCAUGAAGUUUUAAAGUGGGAAUUAGGCAGUUGAAAGUGUAGUAGCCUUUUGGUCAUAAAUAAAAGUGAACUAUUUAUCUGGUUAUAUGUAACUGUUAAUGGUUGGGGGGAAGAAUGAUGGAACCUCUUUCUUGCCAGUGGUAUCCUGGAGCAUCUGACAUUUUUUGCAACUGUGAGGUCACAAAACGGAGUCAUCUGAGAUCCUCUUUAAGCAAUGCCUGGGCUGUACCCUAGACCUGACUAGAAUAUGGCCCUACCAAUGUAGAUUUUAAAAUUCCCAACCUUGAUUCUACUUAGUAUCCUCUUCUGUAACAUGAGGAAAGACUGAGAUUCUUAGCCACGGGAAAAAGUAUCUGGUCAGAUGACUUUAAAUGAGUAUACUGCUGUGUUGAAAGAGCUUUUAUUGCCCUGCCUCAAAGUAUGUAAACACAAGAUACAUAGAUGGAUUUCCUUACCUCAGCAGACUUGCAAAAAGCCAUUUGUUUAGGGGGAAGGAUAGUUUUUCUAGGUGCCAUUAAGGAACACUGAUAUUGUUGAUAUGCCUUUGUGAGUGGGGUGUGAGUGGAAUUGGUAAACAGAUAUUUUUGGUUCAUAUGUAUACACUGGAAGUAUCUUUUCAUAAUAAACUAUACAACAAUAUUGUAUGUAUUCCAGUAAUCUUUUAGUUUCUCAGAAAAAUAACUUGCUGAAGAACCACUCACCUUUUAUAUUGAAAAUGUUUUUACCUUUUCACAAUUGCAAGCGUUACCAGAAGUUAGGUUUUUCACUCCAAGUUUUAUUUAAGAAUUUUUAAUCUUCCACAAUGAUUCGGUUUGUGGUUCCUCUCCUGGAGAAACUGAAUUUUCAAAAAGUCUCUGCAUGCGGGUAUUCUCAUGAAAGUUGUUAUAAAACAAGGUAGUGAAGCAAGAAAAGGACCGACCUCCUUUACUGAUUGGUUUGAAUUUAAAUGUAAAUGUUUAAAAUAGUGUAGUUUGAAAUUUUGAACUGUACUGUGUCUUAUGUCACUGGAAUUUUCAGGGCAUAAAUAUAUUCAAAGUAUAAUCAACAUACCAAAAUUAAAGUAUUGUGAAAUAUCCAACUAUAAACAUAAAAUGGAAAAUUGUGAAAAUGCUUCUAUCAACAGUAUUGGAAGACCUUGAUUAUGUUCUGAGUGCUAAAAAUCAUGUUGUAAGGAUGAUUUUAAAUCUCAGCCUGCCAGGAUGUUAUAUGCCUUGGUUUGCACCUAACUUCAGCAAGUUAUCAGUCAUUCUCAAAUGCUAUGCUUGAGAUUUACAUCAUGGUAAGACGUACCUCUGCCCCUCUUAUUAAAUAAUUUGCUUUGUAGGUAAGCUGUAUGAGAAUUCUGUCUUUUUAUUGUUUUUGACCUAAAAAAUGAUGGAUUUUUAUCUCCCAUUCUAAAAUCUCUUCUCCAGGUGAUGGUAGAUGGAGCAUUACAUAGAUGUGUUGGGAUGAGGAUGGUGUUAGUGGCAGCUCACCUUGGGGUGCUUGAAUGGAACUGCAAAAGUGACAAGUUAGGCUCUGAUCCAGUAGGUUCUCAGAAACUAACCUAACUUGGGAUAGAUAGCUUAAGACCCUCA